AUGCAAUCCCUGACGUGGCACGGUGGAUCAGUUCCGGUCCAGUACAUGGAUGACGGAACGGACAGCGGAUGUGAUCUUGAAUCGUCAGUCUUCUUGGAGGAACACGCAAUACGACGAACAAUAAUCUAUUCCGGUAGAAAUUCCAAACAUUCUAGCAGUGAUGAUCAUUCUCCUCCGACGGAACUGUCCACGGACCACUCAUCCCCGGGGGUACUUAAGAUUUUUGGGGGCACUAUCGUCCCUGGUGUGGAGUACAAAAGUGUACUUGCUUCGUGUCGAUCCACGGCACCGGAGCUAGUGAAGCAGGCGCUAGAAAGGUACGGUCUGUCUUCCACGUUACACGAUGAAUAUGUGCUGUGUGAUGUAGUCGGACGGGCCAACGCCGGAAGUACUCACGGACAGGUUACUAACAAUAAGAUCAAACAAGCGCCAAGGUGGAAGAGGAUGUGUACCAGGAUAUUAUCUGAUAAAGACAGACCACUGUUUCUGCAAAAGUUUUGGCGGCCAUCUGAAGGAUUUUGCCGAAGAUACGAACUUCGUAGGAAAAUGGAAGUGAUUGAUUCAAUGGGCGACGAUGAUACGUAUGGAUUAAAUGAAAAUGCUAGAAAAAUAUCUUUUUCUAAGCUGAGGCCUGGUGCAAUACCUUUCUUUGUUCCUUGGACGCAAAGCGUGGAUAAAUUUAGAGAUGAUUUCGACUUAGAGGGAAGUUCAUCGUCGAAUUCGUGGACAUGCAAUAACAACAACCAGAAAAAUCUGAUGAGAAGUGUGAGUUUUGAUUUAAAGGGACACCGAACAGACAUCUCCCUUCCAAACAAGAACAGCGCGGAUCACAUCCUCGCUCCUAUCUCCCGACCCUUUCUCUUGACCCUUCGGGGCUAUGAUGUUAACAAAGACUCACUUUUCUACAUCUUGGAGGGUAAGACGACACUGAUAUGUUGUCCCGACGGUUCUGUGGUAAACAAGCCUUGUGUGACCCUAUCUGCGCCCGACAUUCAUCCCCAGCACUGCCAUGUACACCUUCGACGCUCUUCCUAUUCACACCAAUCAGGAUCUCUACAUCACAACUAUUGUCUUGAAGUAGAAUGUAAUUUGACUUCUAACAUACGAGUGAAUGGUUCAGCAGUGAUUAGUAAGGAGACACUCCAGGCAGGAGACAUCUUGUCGAUUGGUAAUUAUUACGUGUUUCUUUUUAAAGACUUCACGGCAGGGAAUGACAUACCAUCAGAACUUCCGUGGAUUACACUAUCGUCUGAUGACAUUGUCAGCGACAGUGUGCGAGGGAAACAAAACAAUACGAAGCGCCAUCAGAAUAUCGUCCAUGUACCUCCCCUUAUGCUUGGCUCUACCACUGACGACAAUAUAUCAGUGGCUACUAUGGAGUCACAAGGGACAGAAGUCCAGCGAGAAAAGUUUCGAUUUGCGUAUUCGCGUGAGAAAGAAGAUGAACUUGUCAAUGCCAUCGGUGCUGUGAUACGUCUCGACCAGACAAACUUUGCUCUCGCACCUGCCUACUUGUAUAGUAUGUGCAUCCAAUUCUCCUGUGUCCGGUUCGAUCCUUUUCAAAUACGAAACCUGCUGCUGAGAAUCCUGGCGGCUGUGAGGGAAAGCGCCGCGGAUAUAUCAAAAGCAUUGAAAGGAAACAAAUUCAACAGCGGGCUUGUACGAAGCAGGCGCCAUCCAUCCGUCGGUGAAGAUUACCUACGGGAGAUGCUCCAGUGGAUUUCCAACUGUGUUCAACUUAUCCUGUACCUGAGGGCAGACAACUUCCGGCUCCCCAGAACCAGUGUUACCCGUGGCAGUCCCCUUGACAACGAAGUCCAUUCGGCAUUCCGUGACCUUGCGACAGGACUAGAGGAGAUAGUCGUGUUCUGCUUUCAACAGUCCAUUUAUACGAUUACCAAGGCUUUGUAUCUAUUACUUCCGGUAUUAUUGGAUGGAAACCCUUUCACAGAGGAUGGUGGUAGCAGACACGGUGUUGGUAAAGUUAUCGCCAUCUUGGACAGUGUAGCCGGGUUAGUCGUCUCGUUGCGCCUGCACAAUGACGUCAUCAAACAACUCUAUAUGUACAUAUUCUUUUUCUGUAGUACGUCUGUGUUCAACCGCCUCUUCCUUAAAGAUGCAGCAGAGCAAUACUAUUGCUGGACAGCAGGAGUGCGCAUCAAAGCUAAUCUCGGUAAGAUCGAGGAGUGGGCGGUCAGGAACAAUUUGGAUGAAGAAUUUGAACAGCUUUUCGAGCGUUUGUUAACGAUAGCGGAAUUCCUGUCAACAUCCAAAACUUUACUUGAAAAGUAUGAUUGGCUCACGAUCAAGAAGCAAUUCCAUCCACUAAAUGAAGCUCAGCUGUAUCGCCUUCUCUCCGGUUACCAUGCCGACAGGCACACUAUGGCGGACAACUGGCACCCUUCACCAGAAGACGUAGAACUCGCUCUUCGGGAAGACGAAGUGAUGCUGGACUUGUCAGGUCAUCCUGCAUUCCUGCUUCCCACAGAAGGAUGCGACAUCGAUCUGAUGCAUCCUCCAGAUGCUGGACAUUUCUGGGCUCUCUUCAAACAACUGUAUUCCCAGUAUGGCUUGUCAGAAGAUGAGAGUGACAUUGGUCUUAGUCCCGGAAAUACACCACGAUUCACUGGCAAUUUCCCGAAGGUUGAGCUACAGAAAUCCUUCUUCUGUCAGAUUUCCUCUUCCAGAUCCCGUACUAUGUCCCCUAACCGUAAGGUCCAGUUUGUUGCUGACACCGAUAGCAGUACACAAUCAACUCCAAGAGGGCAAAAAUCAAACAAUGACAUCAAGUCUGGACGAUCGUCUACUGGGUCAAAGGAAGUCACAAAAACUACCGCACCAGUAAAGCCAAAACGAAACCUGCUCAAAUCAAAUCUGAAAGACUCGCCGGAUAAAAGACUCGACAUGCUAAUUAAUAAAACAGUGUCUCCUUCUGUGACUAGUGGUGACGUCACAGACCGUUCUGAGCCAGAAUCUGUUGCCAUGGAUACAAGUAUAAGUCCUGUUGCCAUGGCUAGCAGUCACGUAGAAUUGGCUGAAAAAACUGAUGUAAAAUCUGAAGGCACAGAUUCUACGCUGAACGCGAAUUCAAGUAGAAUUUCAUCCCCUCCGCCAGUGCCACCACGGCAGCCAAUGAACGAGGAGACUGGUACAAAGCCAUCGCGUCGCCGAGUUCAAAGGUCUGUUAGUGACAGAUUGGAAACAUCGGAUAUAGAUCACGGGUCAAUGAUUGACAAUGUACACGGAUCCGAUUUAAAUAGGAGACGAUAUCACACGGAGGACGAGGAGGAUAAAUCAUCUCUCAGAGGCGGGUACCAUACGGACGGUGAACAAGACCGAACUUCGGUUAGAAGCGGUUACCAUACAGACGGUGAACAAGACCGAACCUCUGUCCGAAGCGGGUACCAUACGGACGGUGAACUUGGGCUUGAUAGAAAUGGGAAUGAUCAGGAAGACAACUUCUGUUCCAAAGACGUGCUGCUGUCUGUCAAUAAGCAAAUUUUGGAGGCCCACAAGCAACACUCAGAACAAGUCCUUCCCAGUGUACAGCCACGCUCUCCAACCAAUAUAAACAUCGAGGAGCAGUUCGACAUGUCUACAUCAUCCCGUCUCUCCAGUAACCCUGUGUUCUCGGUCAGUGUCCGGAAGGGUAACCAGGGUCUAGGUCUGGGUCUCAUUGAUGGUUUGUACACUCCACUGCGAUUAGCUGGUAUCUAUAUCAGAAAGGUACUUCCGGAUAGCCCAGCAGCUCUGAGUGGAAGUCUACAUGUAGGCGAUCGACUUCUCUGUGUAAACGGCAAAAGUAUCGUGGGAGCGGACUAUCAAAGUGCAAUGCGUUUAAUAAAGGCUUCUAGUGAAAAUCUUACGUUAUUGGUGGCCAAAGGAAACAGAUCAAUAGCUGGGAAAAUUGCAUCUACGAAUUGCUGAAUGUCACUAUACUUGGAUUAACAGAGACAAGAAAA